UUUUUAUAGAAAAUUUCGAAUAAAAUAUUGUCAGAUGUAAUGAAGCCGAAGUUAAAAGCURAGCUGUCGUCCGCAAUCCUGUCCGCUGACCAAGCCACAUUCAUUACCAGGCUUCUCUCUUCCUCAUAAACCAAAAUGGCGGACGAAUCGAACCAAAAGGCCGCUACUGUUGCUGAUCAAAAUCACGGGAAUGCAUACACUAGACAAAGUACAAAGGACUUAUCUACAGAGGAAAAGAAACAGCAUCAAACCUGCUUGGAUAGAGUGGAAUCGUCAUGUAAAAAUUCGGCUUACGUACGAUUUAUGUUACAAGCUAUGAACAAACUUGGCUGUACUAUAGAUCCUGCAAAACAUAUCAUCUGUGAACCUUGUGAUGGCCGACUGCUUGGAGGAUUUGACCCUGAUCGAAAAGAGAUGUUUUUAUGUGAGAAUACCAUCUACAACCAGCAAGCAAUGGAUGAUGUGCUAACUCAUGAACUUAUUCACGCUUACGAUUAUUGUAAAGUUAAAUAUGAUCCUGACAAUCUCAAGCAUCUUGCUUGUACAGAGAUAAGAGCAGCAAAUCUUAGUGGAGACUGCUUCUUUUGGAAGGAAAAUUUUGUGCGAUUUAAAUUGAAAUGGAAGGGUCAUCAACAGAAAUGUGUCAAAACGCRAGCUGUAAAUUCUAUACUAGCAGUCAGAGAUGUAAGCAGAGAAGAAGCAGAAUCAGUAGUCAAUAGUGUAUUUAAUGCUUGUUUUAAUGACACAGAUCCUUUCGAUCGUAUACCUCCAUGAUGACCAUGUUUUAUAUGAUGAAUUACAGUACUGUACUCAAUAUAAAA